AUGUUUUCAAAAUUUUCUCCAGAAACAACGAAAGGACAGAAUCAGGAUGUUUAUCUGGAAGACAAGCUUGAAUACUUUGAAAAUUUAGUUAUAUAUAAUGCAAUCAAGCAAUUUGCCUUACAGAAAGAUUCAAGAAUAAAUAAACCAGCUGACGUAAAUGAAAAG